AUGGCUUCGAAGUUUACGAGAGAAUACAAGCUGGUCGUGGUCGGCGGUGGUGGUGUCGGCAAGUCGUGUCUCACCAUCCAGCUGAUCCAGAGCCAUUUCGUCGACGAAUACGACCCGACUAUUGAGGACUCGUAUCGCAAGCAGUGUAUUAUCGACGACGAGGUGGCGCUGCUGGACGUGCUCGACACGGCCGGCCAGGAGGAGUACUCUGCGAUGCGCGAACAGUACAUGCGCACGGGCGAGGGCUUCCUGCUCGUCUACUCCAUCACAUCGCGCGAGAGCUUCGAGGAGAUCCGCACCUUCCAGCAGCAGAUCUUACGCGUCAAGGACAAGGACGCUUUUCCCAUGGUUGUUGUCGGCAACAAGCUCGACUUGGCUGCCGAUCGGAAGGUGUCAUAUGAGGAGGGCAAGGCGCUCGCGGACGAGUUCAAGUGCAAGUUCCUCGAGACAUCGGCCAAGACCAACACCAACGUCGAGCAGGCCUUCUACGAGGUAGUGCGCGCCAUCCGGAGGUACAACCGCGAGAUGCAGGGCGGCCCGGCCUCCGGGAGUGGGCUAUCACAUAACAGCGGCGGCAUGGGCAAGAUGGACAUGGCUGAUGACAGCGCCGAGGCUGGGUGCUGCGCCAAAUGUGUGCUGAUGUGA